GCGGGGUCUGCGGGCGCCGACGGGGCGGGCGCCACGUCGGCAUCGGGGAAAGGCGCAGGAGUGAAAUCUCUGGCGGAGCUGAUCCGAACCGAGUCUGCUGCGCGGUGUAUGCAGAAUACUUGUGUGGAAACACCUAACUAGAAAUCUUCACGAAGGAAUAUAUUUGGCAGUAGGCAGUGUGAAGAGAAACCUGCCUUAGGAUACACUGCAAUCUGGUGACCAGGGGACUCUCUUGCAAAGUGGAACAUAAGAGCUUGAAUCGUAACAGACAAAGGAGGCAUCAAAUCAUAGGCAAUAAUGAAUCAAACAGACAAAAACCAACAGGAAGUCCCAUCAUACCUUCAUGAUGAACCACCAGAAGGUUCAGUAAAAGACCACCCGCAGCAGCAGCCUGGCAUGCUUUCUCGUGUGACUGGUGGCCUCUUCAGUGUCACAAAGGGAGCUGUUGGUGCCACGAUCGGGGGUGUUGCUUGGAUUGGAGGGAAGAGCUUGGAAAUUACCAAAACAGCAGUUACAUCUGUGCCUUCAGUGGGAGUGGGGCUAGUCAAAGGAAGUGUUUCUGCUGUAGCUGGAGGUGUUACAGCUGUAGGAUCUGCUGUUGCAAGUAAAGUGCCUUUAACGGGAAAGAAAAAGGAUAAGUCUGACUAAAUCCAAAACUGAGACAUAUUUGAUUAUCCAGAAUAUUACAACAGUGGCAUUAAAAUCUGCUCAGAUUUGGACCAUGAGAAGCCAUGUGUCUUAGACACUUUAUCUUCUAAAGAGUUGUGCAAGUAACUCCAUUCCAUCUGAAAAGGACGGAAGAAGCUUGGCUAGCACGGCGUAUGAAGAUUCAUUAGAGCCUAGAUUGAAGCUUUGUAUCUGGUGAAAUGUUACACUUGAUAACUGUAGAAGUAAGUGUAUCUGAAGGGAUAAUACAUAUUUGAAUAUUCAUUUACUGUAAGUCUUUUGCAGUUUUGGACUAAAUGUGAACACAAACUUGGUAGUCUCUGCUGUACCAUCAAUAUGAUGAGAUACCAUUCACUGUUCUCAGUGGUUUCCACAUCCUCCUGCUAAGGAUCCUUCAGCUGUGUAAUGGCAUUGUUGGAUGUGCCUGAAUAGUUUGGGUUAUGAAACUGUAUUUGCAGGCAGCCUGUAAACUCCCAGUGACUGUUCUGCCCAUGCAUGCUGGAGCAAAUAGAACUGGUGUGGUGCAGAAACUGGAAGUCAGAGUGGAGAUAGAAGUGAGAAGGUUUGACAGCAUGGUAGAAGGGAUCAUAAAGAGUAAACUAACAAUGCCUUAUUAGAGAAAAAUAUCUUUUUUUACUAGGUGAAGCUGUCUGAAGAACUGUCCAGUCGUUUCAGUGCAGUUUACAGUAUGAGUUUUAGACUCUCUUUAUGAAUCCUGGUAACUGAAAACUUUUCCAUUUUUACUGAAACAAGAUUGCUCCAUCUCAGGUGUAUUUGCUGGCAAGUAAAAACUUGCUUCUAAUAAACUUCUAAACACUAGAAAAAAUGAUGGUUUAAUGGAAACUGGGCUGAUGUUUGUGGUCAUCUGGCACAACUGUCUGACUUGAAAUGCCUUUGUGUAGUUGGAAACCACUGAAGAACUGGCAAAGCUGUUGUCUCAACUCCAUGAUGCACCAGGUUAAGUUUUUUGCUCUGUUAAAGCAAAUGCAAGGAUUUUUUCACUACAUCUUUCUCUCAUACUUUGCAUUUUGAUGUUUGAGUCAAAUGUAAUACUCAAAAGAAACCAAAAAAAAGUAGAUGGGGCCUUAAAAGAAAAUAAAGAGAAACAUCAUCCAAGUAACUUGUAUACUGACAGAUUCCAAAUGCUGACACACCUCCAGUGGGAACAUCUGUAGAUCCUCUGCAGUGUGAGGGGAAAAUGCACUUGUAACAACACAGCUUGAGGUUGCCUUAAAACAGACGCUGUUGGUGAUCUUUUUGUGUACUGACUUUGCAUGUAAGUAACCUCUUCAGAAGCCCACAGAAGGUGGCUACGAAUGUUGUGUAUGCAGUGUUUUCUACAAACUUGUGUUCCUGCACAGAACUUCUAAGCACAUAAGCUUCCUUUUUCAGUGGCUGUGGUUGUACAAGAAGGCUAUAUAGGGAGACUUUUUAGAUAUGAAAAAAUAAUCAAAACAUA